ACCAAUUGAAGAUACUGUUAAAGCAAUGGCUGAACUUGUUGAAAAGGGUAAAGUUAAAUAUCUUGGACUUUCUGAAUUAAAUGUACGUGUUAUAUUUAAACGAAAUAUAGUCCAUGGUGACAUUGAAACAAAUGGACUUAAAGAAACUUGUGAAGAACUUGGUAUUGCAAUUGUCGUGAAUUGCCCAUUAGGAUGUGGUUUUUUAAUGGAAAGAUAUAAAUCUAUGGAGGACUUUGCCUCUAACGACAAGAAAGGAGUUACUGCUAGUCAACUUUGUUUGGCUUGGGUUUUAGCUCAGGAAAAUGCUCAGGCCGCUGAUAUUAAUUUAAGCUCUGAAGAGUUAGCUGAAAUUCGAAACAUUAUCAAUUCAAUUGAAGUUAUCGGACAUCGAUAUAAUGAACGUGGAACAAAG